AUGGAGCCCUACUGGAAACGCCAAAGUGGUGGAACCAUUGCCAACAGGUUUCAGCGUCCCGGUCGCCGUGCACUUACGUCGGUGCUGGACAACAAUACCUUCAGAUGGGCAAUCCUCGCGUUGUGCAUCGUCGUCGGCCUAUUCAUAAUAGCCAUGGCCAUUUGGGCAAUAAUCACCAAAUGCGGCCGUGGGCGGAGUGCGCCCGUGGCGCCAAGUGAAGACGCGGGAGCUGCCAAGAGCGCCGGUGGCGGUGUAGGCGAUGUGGAGAAGGGCCCGCAGGGGGCCAACUCCCAACCCAUGGUCACACCGCCGGUGCAUCAGAAAACUAGCUCAGGUGGAGUAGCGCCAGCACAUACACCGCCGUCAGCCGCACCGCCUGGCGUGGCACCUGUUCCCCCCUGGCAGUCGGAUCCCCCGCGGCUGCCCCCGGGCAUCAUGUUGGCGCCCCUCACCCCGCCGCUGUACUCUCCACUGGUGUCCAACCCCCGUCUGGCCACAGAACCGCCGUACGAACGGCUCGUGCUCAUCUCCUCACGCGUGCAUAACCCCGACAUGGUUGCGCGGGCGGUGCUUCCCAAUGUGGCGUACGUCGUGUACGACUGGAAAAACUUCACAUUACAAGAGCUGCUCCGCUACGUCAAGAAAGCGCUUGGGACACAGAAGGUCACGUCCAUAGCGGUGGUCGCCCCGGGGAGCAAACCCGGCACCGUGGGCCUGUUGGAGGGCGCCGGCACGUCGCCAGAGAAGCUGGCUUCUAAAACGGAGCUGUCGCAGUUUUGGCGCGUGCUGGCGGGCUGCGUGGCGCUAUCAGGCACCUCCGACGGGCGCCGGAUCGAUCUGUUGGGUUGCCGUGUGGUGGAAGCGCCGCGCGAGGGUGCAGCCCUGCUCAAGGAGCUGUGGAACCUGACCACAGUGCCCUUCGCGGCGGCGGAUGAUGCGCUAGGAGGCUACAUGCUCUGCACAUUCAUGGAGGAGCCCACGACACGGCAGCUCAGCCUCAUUUCCAGCACUAUACCCGCGAUAGACCUGUACUUCAAUCGGCACGCGCUCCUGGGGAUACCAAUGCCGGGGAGCGGAGGUGGGGGCCCCGCGGCGGCGGCGGCGGUGGCCGCGAGUGCACCGCUGCCGCCGGGGCCGCCGCCGCCGGAGGCCAUUGCUCGUGUUGGGCCGGCGGCCCCGGCCCCAGCCCCGGCUCCAGCGACGGCGGCGGUCCCGGCGACGGCUGCGGCUCCGGUGGCGGCUGCGGCUCCGGUCCCGGCGGCGGCUGCGGCGCCGGCGGCGACUCCUCCUCCGCCGGCCCCGGCACCAGCCCAAGCCAUGGCACCGGUCUCGGCAGCCGCACCAUCGUCAGUGCCAACACCGGUCGCAAGACCAGCCGGCCCCCUCGGCGACGACGUGUUUAGUCGCUUGGCAGGGGCGCUAGCACAGCGCAGCAAGACGUUGGAUAUGGCGUUCUCGGAGUACGAUCGUGACGGUAACGGACAGCUGAGCACUUCCGAGCUUACGGAGCUGAUGCGCGCCUACCUGCCUGACGCAAGCCCUAUGGACGUCAAGCACUUUCAAGCCAUGUUGGACACAGACGCCGUGGAGGCGGGCGAGGAGCUCCUGCUUAGCCGGCGGGAGUUCGUGUCGGGGCUGCCGGAGAACGUGCUGAUACAGGAACAGAUCAGAGCGGGGCGAGAUGACGACGACGUGGUCCCACGGUUGAAGGACUACCUAACCGAAAAUGAGCAGAUCAUCCGGGACGUUUUUGAGCAGUUUGACGAGAACAGCGACGGCCAGCUGGACCACCUAGAGCUGCAGCAGCUUGUGGCCUCCAUCCCUGGACUGGAGCCCCGCGAAAAGAAGUUCAUCCUGGCGCUGCUCUACGUGCACGACCAAAAUCGCAAUAUGCGGAUCAGCCUGGACGAGUUGCUGGAUGCCCUGCAGAAGUUUGGAAAGCAGCACACGGCAGUCACAGCGCAUGCGGUUCAGCCACCGGGUGCGGCGCCGGCGGCAGUAGGGGCGUCUCCGGCACCGGCGGCAGUAGCGGCGUCCCCCCCGCCGGCGGCUCCACCACCGCGCGCUGCUCCAGUGAUUGUCCCGCCGCCAGGCGCGGCGGCAGCACUGGCUACAGCUCCGCCAACGUCAUCGUCUCCUGCGACUGUCCAAGCAGCUCCACCUUCAGGUGCUCCCCAGCCGUCAGAGGAUGGCGCCGCACACCCGCCAUUGGAAACGCAGGCAGAGGCCGCCGCGCCUCCGCAGCCAUUGCCGCCGCCGUUGCCGCCUCCGAGCGCCCUGUUGACACCGUUGGGACCGCCCGGAGGGAAGCUGGCACCGCUCGGGCCCUUGGGCGGCGCCGCCGGUGCUGCCACUCUUCCGCGGCCAGGAUCACUGGCACCAUUAGGGCCGAUGCCCGGGCGAUAG